CCCGCCCCCUCCUGUGCUGCUCAGACGGCACUGUGAACAAACUCAGUGUCAACAUUAAAGACAUUCUCUGCCUCCUUUGAUUUCGCUUCAUCUCCUUCGGAACAAUGCGUGAGUGCAUCUCCAUCCACGUGGGUCAGGCUGGUGUCCAGAUUGGCAAUGCCUGCUGGGAGCUCUAUUGUCUUGAGCACGGCAUCCAGCCUGACGGGCAGAUGCCCAGCGACAAGACCAUUGGAGGAGGAGACGAUUCUUUCAACACCUUCUUCAGUGAGACUGGAGCUGGAAAGCACGUCCCCAGGGCUGUGUUUGUUGAUCUGGAGCCCACAGUCAUAGAUGAGGUCCGCACUGGAACUUACCGCCAGCUGUUCCACCCUGAACAGCUCAUCACAGGAAAGGAGGAUGCUGCCAACAACUAUGCUCGUGGUCACUACACCAUUGGCAAGGAAAUUAUUGAUCUGGUGUUGGACAGGAUCCGCAAACUGGCUGACCAGUGCACAGGGCUCCAGGGUUUCCUGGUCUUCCACAGCUUUGGUGGUGGUACCGGUUCCGGUUUCACUUCCCUGCUGAUGGAGCGCCUGUCUGUCGACUACGGCAAGAAGUCCAAGCUGGAGUUCUCCAUCUACCCAGCUCCCCAAGUGUCCACUGCUGUGGUGGAGCCCUACAACUCCAUCCUGACCACCCACACCACCCUUGAGCACUCUGACUGUGCCUUCAUGGUAGACAAUGAGGCUAUCUAUGACAUUUGCCGUAGGAACCUCGAUAUUGAGCGUCCUACUUACACCAACCUGAAUAGGCUCAUUAGUCAGAUUGUGUCCUCCAUCACUGCCUCCCUCCGAUUCGAUGGUGCCCUCAAUGUUGAUCUCACUGAGUUCCAGACCAACUUGGUGCCCUACCCCCGUAUCCAUUUCCCACUGGCCACCUACGCUCCAGUGAUUUCAGCAGAGAAGGCUUACCAUGAGCAGCUCUCUGUGGCUGAAAUCACUAACGCUUGCUUUGAGCCAGCCAAUCAGAUGGUGAAAUGUGAUCCACGUCACGGCAAGUACAUGGCCUGCUGCCUGCUGUACCGUGGUGACGUUGUGCCCAAAGAUGUGAAUGCUGCUAUUGCCACUAUCAAGACCAAGCGCACCAUCCAGUUUGUGGACUGGUGUCCUACUGGUUUCAAGGUUGGCAUCAACUACCAGCCCCCCACUGUGGUUCCAGGUGGAGACCUGGCCAAGGUGCAGAGGGCCGUGUGCAUGCUGAGCAACACCACAGCUAUUGCUGAGGCCUGGGCUCGUUUGGAUCACAAGUUUGAUCUGAUGUACGCUAAGCGUGCCUUCGUGCACUGGUAUGUUGGUGAGGGUAUGGAGGAGGGAGAGUUCUCUGAGGCCAGAGAGGACAUGGCUGCUCUGGAGAAGGAUUAUGAGGAGGUUGGAGUUGACUCCAUUGAGGGUGAGGGAGAGGAAGAGGGAGAAGAGUAUUAGAUUAAUUUGCGUAAGGGACAAAAAGGAAUCAAAUGGUAGACCAGUAUUUACACACGAUAUUCCUGAUGUAUCAAGCGUAAAGUCUACUUCAAAAUGUGAGAAGCGUAUUUUAAGUUGUUUGUUGUGGCCAGUAUAAUUGUCUGUGGCAUCUGCCAACUCCAUUUUUAAAAUGUGACUGAAUAAAGAGAUGUGCUUGGCACUCUA